CUUCAGUCUGUGUAGUAGGGUAGCGGAGGCUCGUCUUCAAACCUUCCACGCUCGGAUGAUGGACUUCCCUUCGCGGACUCAAACGUGCUCAAGCUAAGCGCACUUUGCGGAUUUAAAUGGUGUUACGGUCCAUUUUUCGACAUUUUCUCUAACGGCUGUGAAGACUUGAGCUGUGACCAAUCUUUUUAUACAGUCUGUGGCUGUGACCGAGGUAUUUUUUUUUUUUUUGCGCUGCAGCUCGUGGAUGGUAAGGUCUUCCUGUGCCUGCUCGGUGUUCUUCGGUUUUCAGGGUAAACACCUUUACAUCGGGGAGACGGUAUCUCAUCUAAAUCUAAUCCAAAAUGACUUUUACUAAAUGGCCACUGGUCGGAGCUCAGUGCUGAUUCAUCGAAGAGCACUAUGAGUAGAUGACAACAAGCGGCCUUUAAUCCAGAAAGGAUUCCUCUUCUCUGUGCUAAGAGUCUCUUAACCGAGUGUAAAGACUCUGGGAGUACAAGAAUCAAGUCAAGGACACGUUCACUCCCCCUCAGCCUGCAGGAAGAUGGGAGUGAGAAAAUAAAGCUCGACGGAGUCAAGAGGAGCUUAAUGAAUUCCAAGGAAUUUUAAAACCAACUGCUUUCAUUUGUGUAUGUCUGUGUGAGAGGAUCAGGCAACCAUGUGGACAUUAGCUGCGACUGUCCACUGUCUUCUGGCUGCUGCGCUGCUAUUGGCUAGCUGCCUCCAAUCACUGAUGGCCACUGAGGAUGAUGUCACACCGCGCAUCAGUUUCUCUUACAAUGCAAAGGAGAGGUCGGCCAAGAGAUUCUCUGUGGACGGUGUCUUCAAUUACACUUCCUUGCUGCUCAGCCAGGAGGACGACAUGCUGUACGUCGGAGCCAGGGAGGCGCUGUUUGCCCUCAGCCUCUCGGACAUCAGCAAGACCAAGCUCCAGAAGAACCUGACGUGGGGCACUCCUGCUGGAAAAAGAGAAGAAUGCAGCUUCAAAGGGAAGAACCUGGAGACUGAUUGCUUCAAUUACAUCAAAAUCCUCCUGCGGCUGAAUGGCACUCAUCUCUAUGUGUGUGGCACCUAUGCCUUCAGUCCUAUUUGCGCCUACAUAAACACGUCAACAUUCACAAUGGAGAGAGAUGAAGUGGGCGAGGUCGUGAUGGAAGAUGGACGCAGUCGCUGUCCCUUUAAUCCAGAUUACAAAUCCACCGCCAUCAUUGUUGGUGGUGAAUUGUACACUGGUACUGUCAGCAACUUCCAAGGGAAUGAGCCAGUCAUUUACAGGAGUUUGGGUCAGGGAACUGCUCUGAAGACAGAAAACUCUUUAAAAUGGUUGCAAGAUCCCGUCUUUGUUGGGUCAGCUUACAUCGAGGAGAGUCAGCCAAUAGGCAACCCCGUGGGAGACGACGACAAGAUUUACUUCUUCUUUAGCGAGGCGGGAAAGGAAUUUGACUUCUUUGACAACACCAUUGUGUCGAGGAUUGCUCGCGUGUGUAAGGGUGAUGAAGGUGGCGAACGGGUGCUGCAGAAGAAAUGGACGACCUUCCUGAAGGCCCAGCUGUUGUGUUCCCUCCCAGAUGACGGCUUUCCUUUCAACAUCAUCCAGGACAUGUUUGUCCUGAAGCCCAUGGGAGAUAGCUGGGAGAGCACUGUCUUCUAUGGCGUCUUCACCUCCCAGUGGAAUAAAGGAGCAUCAGGCAGCUCAGCGGUGUGCGCUUUCACCAUGGCACAGGUGGAAAGAGCCUUCAGCGGGCGCUACCGAGAGGUCAACAGGGAGACUCAGCAGUGGUACACCUACAACCACCCAGUGCCAGAACCACGGCCCGGAGCGUGCGUAACCAACCACGCCAAGCAAAUGGGUAUCAAGUCGUCCUUGCACAUGCCUGAUAAAGUGCUCAACUUUGUCAAGGACCAUUUCCUGAUGGACAGCGUGAUCCGCAGCGCUCCCCUGCUGCUGAAACGCAGCGUGCGCUACACACAGAUCGCCGUGCACAAGAUCCAAGGCAUGGAGAGGGCCUAUGAUGUGCUCUUCAUCGGAACAGAUGACGGAAAGCUCCAUAAGGCCAUCAAUGCCAACGAUAAGAUGCACAUCAUAGAGGAGAUAAUACUGUUUCCUGAGCCUGUGCAACACAUCGAACUUGAUCCUCAGAGGGGUCUGUUGUUUGUGUCGUCCAACUCUGGGCUGGUGGAAGUUCCUGUGGCCAACUGCUCCAACUACCUAAGCUGUGGAGAGUGUGUGUUGUCCAGAGACCCAUACUGCGCCUGGACCGGGCGGCUGUGUCGGGACGUCAGGAUGGCUCCACCUGACAGUCACUGGCAGCAGGAUGUGGAGGAGGCCGAUACAUCAGCGAUUUGCAACAGGACAUUUCCCAGCACCAGAUCUGCCAGACCAGUAGCUUCUCGUGGCUCCCAAUGCCAGCUCAUUACAAUCCCAGUCAACACAUUCAGAGUCCUGCCCUGCAAACUGCGGUCCAACCUGGCACAGAGGAGGUGGCGUUACAGUGACAGCGCCAGCCAGUUCCUCUACGCUACUCCAGAGGGAAACCUGGUAGUGGUGGCACAGGCCAACAGGAUGGAGACAUACGAGUGCUGGUCAGAAGAGGAGGGUUUCCGGCAGCUGUUGGCCAACUACUGUGUGAGGGCGGAGCCCCGCCAGGAAAGCACCACUCUGAUUGGUCACUCGCGCACACCGCACAUUGAGCGAGAGGAGACCAUCAUCCUGCCGGGCGAAUCUCGUUCUGAGCAGGUCCACACAAAGACAUACUGGAACGAACUGAUAGUGGUGUGCGCCCUGCUGGCGUUCUCCCUCGUGGUGUUCUCCUUGUUCGUCAUCUACAGGAACCGCGAUCAUAUGAAGUCCAUGCUGAAGCAGGGCGAGUGCCCUAACAUGCAGCAGAAGAAGCCAAGGAUUGUGGGAAAGCCUGCUGAGAGCUUACCCCUAAAUGGUAACACCAUCCCUGUUUCCACUUCUGAUCACAAGGGUUACCAGACGUUAAAUGACAACUACAUCUGCAGCACGCCCACCCACGAGUCCUCGCCAGACAACAGCAAGAGCUUCUCGGAGUCCUCCGACAGGCGGCCGCUUAACUUGAAGGAGAGCCACGUGGAAUACUCCCCAACCUGCCCUCGGCCCAGAGUGAGGUUAGGCUCGGAGAUCAAAGACUCUAUCGUAUGAGAGCACUGUAUUCCCUAAAAAGAUGCCACCCUGUAUCUCCAUGAAGGAUACAGGCCACCGAGCGAAGGAGAGGAGACCCUGACAUCCCUCUUCAUCACAGCACAUCUUUUAUUUUAGUCAUCUUUUGUUCUGUGAUCAGUGCGGAGGUCAUUUCGUUUAACAAUUUCCACUCCGAAGCCAGAGGUUGGUCUGGUGUGCUGCAUAGGGCAGGAAGAGGAGGCAGCACAACAAUUCACUUUCAACCAGGAACAACAACCAUGGCAGCUGCUCAGAAUAGUUAUAGGCUUUGUUUGAGUCAAUCUCAUGGCCAUUAAUGUGUGUGAGUGUAGGGCUGGGCAACAUGAGGAAGAAAAACAUACCACAAUAACCAGAACAUCUUCUUCCAAUAUUAAAUGUAACAUUAAAACUAGUCUAGUUGAUGUUCAUCACACGAUAUAAUAAAAACAAUAAAUUAUGAACAUUGAUAGGUUUCCCAGCCCUAUGUGAGUAUGUGUAUAACCUUCCACAUGCUCUGCAGAAGAAGGCUGCCACAGAGGCCAUACUUAUGUUAUUACGCACACUAGUCUAGAACCAAGCUGCAGCUACAUGGUGACCAAGAGUUCAGGUUUAGGAGACUAUAAUACAUGUAUUGUUUAUUCAUUAAGAUCCACACAUUAUGGAAGCAAGUAGGAAGCACAUUUGUUUCCUUUUGCUGAAUAAAUGUCAUGACUGUAGGAGGAUAAAGAUGAUGAAAGAUGAGACAGUCUAGGAGAAGACACCACACGCUGUUGGAACAACCACAAUUGCAAGGACUGUAACUUUAAGAAAGAGAUCAAAAAAUGUGCUCAUAAAUUAUGCUCCGGGGCCUGAAUACUGACAUUUACCUCCUUGAAUGUAUGUUGUUGUUCAAAGGUUUAAGUCACACAUCACUGCACCAUGGACAAUUUAGGGAACCCGUUGCUCUACAUCUCUGCUCAUCUGAGACGGCCCAAUUCGACAAUAUUGACAUGCAGGUACCAUGAUGGGCUCUAAAAUCGAACUGAGACAGACAAACCUGUUUUUGAGGCCAAUAUGGAAAAGAGACCUAUAUCAGUCAAGGCGGACAUCACAAGUACGGAGAGCCAAGAAAAAAAGGGGACGUCCACACCUCUACCAUCUUCAGGGCAGCACCGAAAUCAUGUGCACUGUGCCAAGAAAACAAUUCGAUUGUCUUAUCGAAAUGCAAUAGUGCCAUUCUGUUAUGACCACUCCCAUGCUUUGUGUUAGCAUUGAUCACUGUCGAAGAGCACAUGGUGACAGAACCAGAGGUGUAAGUAAAGUGGCACUAAGAAUAAAUAAAUGUGAAGUGCAAGGUUAAAAAGUUCUCGAAGACUGUUAGCUCAAAAGAAACUUUUCAAACUGUGUUGGGCAAAAUAAUUGGCGUUAAUGAAAAAUCUGAACUGGGACCAAAGGAAAUUGCAUGGAGAUUACUUCAAGUGAAAGCUUGUCUUGUGGUUGUCCAGUGAGAAAAUAUUCCAGUUUUCCUUCAGCUAUCCUUAAAUCUGCCUUCUAAGUAUACACUGAAACAUACAGGUACAACUAGUGCAAGACUAUUGAGCUUGAUGAGCGCUAACAACACAAACUGCAGUAAAUUUAAGCACUAAUAACUCAAAAUGAAAAGGUCACAGAACAACCAACAGUAACUGUCACUGUAGUGGAGAGAUAUAAUAUUUCAUGUUGUCCAGACUGCAGCUGCACUAUGUAGUGAUGUAGUUGCACAGAGCGCUGUAUUAGCUCAAUAUAAGCCCCCUCCAGCAGGUUUUGUAUGUAUUUCUUACAUACAUGGUUCCCCAAACUCAGUCAGAUGUCAUUGUGACAUUAAUGUGAAAGCACAAGUAAUCAGGGUCUUGAAUACUUACAGGUUUGUACAUGUCAGUAAAAAUUGAAGAAAUGCAACUACUGAGAGACCGAAAGUAUGUGGCUGCUGGGGAAAAUGAUUUUUUAGAAAUCAGUUAUUACAGGGACCGCCAUUACAAACACUCUUGCACCCACAUUGCUUAGACUUUUGAGACUUAACAAGCAGAAUUUCCCAAAGAUUUAGGAAGCUGAUGAUGGUGUGUAAAUCUGAAUGAGAAACAUUUACACGGCCAUAGGGACAAUAUGGCACCACAUGUCUUAGAAUACAUCACCAAUUCACUGUAUUGAUAAAGUAAGCCUUCAGUAUAUAUUCCAGUAUCAUACAGAAUAAACGUUUUGCUAUUUCCAACAUUGAGCAGAUGACGGAAUGCUACACUAUGUAACUGCUACAAGUUGACAAAGUAAUUGCACAGCAUAUUGCGCAACAGUAGUCAGUGUUUCCUUUUUUUUCUUCAGUUUUUGUUGUGUAUAUACAGUAUCUGUGCUUAAUAUUGUGUGUUUUUCCAAGGGAACUUGUGCAAGAUGUGUUGUAGAGAUAGUCUUAAAACUAGAGAGUGAACACUGCUGAUAUUUUGUUUUCAUAGUGCUUUACUGCCUACUUCAACAUACAUUUCAAAUCUUGCACAGCAUACUGCACAUUUCUCACCAUGCUGUUUAAUCAGCACCUGGGAUGGUUUUUAUCAAGCAUGUCAAAGCAGGAGGGGCAUCUGUUUUUGCCCAGCUGAAAUGAAGGGGUAGUUUAAUAUUCUAAGAAAUAUGCUUAUUCACUUUCCUGCUGAGAGUUCAAUGAGAAGACCGAUACCGCUCUCAUUACAGACACGAGUGCUGUCAAUCUUAUAUAACUCUUGGCAAGAAAACAAAGUAUAUUUCCCAAAAGGUCUACCUAUUCCUUUAAUUGCUGAGACUAACCAAUCGAACAAGAGUACAACAUUUGCCAAGAGAUGCAUAACAAGAAUAAACCAGACAAUAAAAGCCUUGGUGCAGAGCAUUGUUUGCUACCACUGUUAAGACCACUGUUAAACUACAAGAUGUCUCUCUGGAGGCGGAAUAACCUGCUUUCAGAUGCUUGGUGGAUAACCUCAAAACAUAUUUUUAAAAUGCCUUUAGAUGUCAAGUUGUUCUGCCUUUAGCCACGUGCCACAUUGUACACUACCCAGCAGUGACCUCACCAACAGAGUGUGGUGAAUGGCGUGAUUGUAGCCCUCCAUGGGCACUCAUAACUCCACAACACAACACGGGUCAACAGUAGAUUUACAGAUUCACUCAAGCCACCAUUAACUUAAUCUGCAAACUUUAAAACUAGGAGCUGCUCAAAAUUUUGUACCAUUCUGCAGGCUUGUGUCAUAUGUAAUACUGUGCACAUAGGAACAUCUUUCUGAAGAGGUCAGUAUUUAUUAAUAAUAAUAAUAUAGUGAAGCUGAAGUAACAAUACCAUUUGACAUUCAUAGUUAAUAAAGCCUAAAAGGUCAAUACUGUGUCAUAAAUGCAUAUUUAUUAAUGACGUGCUUUUCAAUAAAAAAGCAAAUAUGGUGAUUGAUGCUCCAUUUUGAGUGGCUCCUCAGUAAUGCAACAUACUGUACUGGACAUGAAUGUAGCCAACUAUAACAUAUUUUGUAGAACAUCUACAGCAGUCUAUUUUCCUAAAACGGCUUAAGUAGGCAAUGCAUUGCAACAUCUUUUUAAGAUUUUGUUUUAAUUGUCAUACUACAAAGAAACAGCACACUAGAAGUAAUUAAUCAUUUGUGCUGCACGAUGUAGUACUGCAGUAAGAUGCAAGCACAGUUCCAAAUCCUCCAUAUCGGCUCAGCCAUGAGACGCAGCAACAGCUUUGCCUCAGCAUACUGAACACCAUAAGCUUAGUUGAGAAUAAUUAUUAGACAAAUGUGGUAUUGCCUGCAUGAUUUCCUUUUUUAUUUGUUGUGUACAAAUAACAUUGUGGACUGUAUUUUUUGUAUCAUUGAGAUUGUGACUGUUUUUAUUAUAUUGUACAUAAAAAGCACUUUAUUUUAAUUUUUUUUUAAGAUAAAUGAAUAAAAUACAUGUUUUGACAAA